AUGCGAGACGCCGACGCGUCCGAAUAUUGGAACCUCCUUGUUUCCAGCGCUCGCCGGUACGGAGCGCGGCCGACCUUGACGGCUGCCACUGUUAUUGUUUACAUCGGGACGCACAGCUGUGUCCAAUCGGAGAGCCCGGUUCGUCAACUGCGCAAUUCCGUCUGGAAGCGGCGGUUUUGCUUUUGCGUAUCGGCGGACCCCAUCGUCCUAUCGGCUUUUUUUCCCACCGCACACAUCGUCACCGCCGUCGGUUCCAACCACACUGUCCGUCAGCCAUCGUCGUCGAAUCUUUUCAGUUUUCCUUUCGUUUAA